AUGGUUGGGAAUACUACCAAUACAACAAUAUCAACUACUACUGUUGCUGACUAUGAACGUGCUAUGAUGGAAUACCGUAUGAAGGGGGAGAGUAAAAGAAGAAGGGAUAGUAUGGGUAAUGUAAUGUUUGGUAUAUGUUUGGGUGCAGCAGUAUUAUAUAUAGGAUCAUCAUUGGAAGAUGUUAGUAGUGUAUUACAAUACCACGAAUAUUACAUUUAUAUCAAGCUGCAAUGGCACGUCAUACCUAUAAUAGCAUCUGGUGGUGUUAUAAGAGGUCAUGAUGCAUUAGAUCUCAUUGAACAUGGUGCAUCCAUUAUACAGGUGUAUUCAGCAUUCAUAUUUCAAGGACCACAGACUGCUAGAAGGCUUAAGGAUCAAUUAUCUGAUUUAUUAUUAAAGAAAGGAUAUUAUAAUAUAGAAGAGGCAAUUGGUGCCAAAUUUAAGAAGAAUAAUAAGAGAAUGAAGGAAUUCCAUCGUAAACGUAUACCAUUUAUAACAUAA